UAAUUACAAUAUGCAGAAUCAAAUGACCUCCUUUAGCACCCCCAAUAAUAUUCCUAUUCACCACCACCAACCUCCUCAUACAUUCAUCACUGAUCACAACCUCAAUCAUAAGUACACUAAACGCGUAAAUAAUAACAACUACAACAACGACAAUAAUAAGAACGUUCUUUUACGUGUCAGCGGUGCUGGCCAAGCUUGUGCUGCGUGCAAAUACCAACGUCGAAAGUGUGCCCCCGACUGCGUUCUUGCCCCUUAUUUCCCACACGAUCGCCAACGCCAGUUCCUCAACGCCCAUAAAUUGUUUGGGGUCAGCAACAUCACCAAGAUCAUUCGCCACCUUGAUCAACCCCUCAAGGACGAGGCCAUGCGAACCAUCAUCUUCCAAUCUGAUGUUCGCGCCAACGACCCUGUUGGUGGUUGUUACCGUAUCAUCAGAGACCUGCAACGCCACAUCGAUUAUUGCAAAGCAGAGCUGGAUAUCGUUCUUCAUCAGCUCGCCUACUGCAGAGCACAGGCUGUUGCUGCUGCUGCAUCUGAACAACAGAUAUUAGGAGAUCAUCAUGCAACUGAUCAGGAAUCAUUCAAUGAUAAUAAUAAUUGUGACGGUGUUGUGAAUCAGGCAGACACUUUGGUGAAUAAUAAUAAUAAUGCAUCUUCUUAUGAACAACAGGCUAUAGAUCAGUACCAUCCUCAUGAUAGUUAUUAUAAUCAUCCUCGUUGUCAGCAAGCUGAUGAUGAUCAGCAAUAUGAUGAAAUUCAAGAUGGCCAAUUAGAUUUAGCAGAUAUUAACUUCCCUUGGAGCUUGCAUGAACAAGAAUCCACGUCUACAUCAGCGCCUAAUUCCAUGAUGAAGCAACUUUCUGUUAAUGACCCAUGCGACAAUAUCAAGCCUAUUCUUGAGGGGAUUUCAGGUUUCGGAGAAGAAGGCCUGAGUUUCGAACAUGACCAAACCUUUGAUCAACACAGCUAUUCAACAAGGGAACAGAGUCCCAUUGAAGGAAGAGGGUGAAUCCUUUCAACAUCCUCGAAGAUCAAGAUCUAAAGGUGCUGCUACUCUGUUUACCUUCACAAACUGUAGUUCGCCGAAUUUUUGUAGUAGAG